UGAUCGAAUCUGUUAUCUGUGAUUCAUUUGUUUUCCUUAUUUCUUUCUGAAAUGAAAUGAAAAAUUAAUAUUUGAAUCCAGUUUAAUCCCUAAAGUGUGUUGAUAAAUAAUUGUGAAAAAUGUCGAUGUUUCCGGGAACGGUGGCCUUUGACGAAUUUGGCCGGCCGUUUAUCAUUUUAAGGGACCAGGAAAACCAAAAACGGCUAACCGGUAUCGAUGCUUUGAAGUCACACAUUCAAGCUGCAAGGCUUAUAGCUGGCAUCCUACGUACAUCAUUGGGCCCGAGGGGCUUGGACAAGAUGAUGGUGUCUGCAGAUGGUGAAGUGACAGUCACAAAUGAUGGGGCCACUAUCCUCAAGUUGAUGGAUGUGGAUCAUGAGAUUGGCAAGUUGAUGGUGCAGCUUGCACAGAGUCAGGAUGAUGAGAUUGGUGAUGGAACCACUGGGGUGGUUGUACUGGCAGGUGCGUUGUUGGAACAAGCCUCAGCCCUGCUUGACAAGGGUAUCCAUCCUAUCCGUAUCGCCGAUGGCUUCGAAAUGGCUGCAGCGACAGCCCUAGCACAUCUGGACAACAUUAGUGAGGCCUUCCCAGUAAACAAGGACACAAGGGAGCAUCUCAUCAAAGUCGCCAGAACUACCCUCGGGAGCAAAGUUGUUGUGAAGUGUCAUCAGUUGAUGGCCGAGAUUGCUGUUGAUGCAAUUCUGUCAGUAGCAGACUUGGAGAAGCGUGAUGUGAACUUUGAGCUGAUCAAAGUGGAGGGCAAAGUGGGCGGUCGUAUGGAGGACUCCAUGCUGGUGCGAGGGGUGGUCAUCGACAAGACCAUGAGCCACUCGCAGAUGCCCAAAGUGCUUAAGGAUGUAAAGCUGGCCAUUCUCACAUGCCCGUUCGAGCCGCCCAAGCCCAAGACCAAGCACAAGCUGCAGGUGGCGUCCGCCGAGGAGUAUCGCGACCUGCGCCGCUACGAGCACGAGAAGUUCGUAGAGAUCGUGCGCAGGGUCAAGGAUGCAGGAGCAACCCUGGCAAUUUGCCAAUGGGGCUUUGAUGAUGAGGCAAACCAUCUCCUCUUGUCUGAGGGUUUACCAGCCGUGCGCUGGGUGGGAGGUCCCGAGAUGGAGCUGAUAGCCAUAGCAACGGGGGGCAGGAUUGUGCCACGGUUCGAGGAACUAUCUCCGGACAAGCUGGGCUCUUGCGGACUGGUCAGAGAACUAACUUUUGGUACAUCAAAGGACGAGAUGCUGGUGAUAGAGCAGUGCUCCAACUCGCGCGCCGUCACCGUGCUGAUGCGCGGCGGGAACCGCAUGAUCGUGGAGGAGGCCAAGCGCUCCGUGCACGACGCGCUGUGCAUCGUGCGCAGCUUGGUGCAGGACUCGCGCGUGGUGUACGGCGGCGGCGCGGCGGAGAUCUCGUGCUCGCUGGCGGUGGCGCGCGCGGCCGACAAGCUGUCGUCGCUGGACCAGUACGCCUACCGCGCCUUCGCCGACGCGCUGGAGGCCAUCCCGCUCGCCUUGGCCGAGAACAGUGGUUUGUCUCCAAUCGACACUCUGUCGGAAGUGAAGGCGCGGCAGGCGGCUGAGAACAACAGCAACCUCGGCGUCGACUGCAUGAGCAACGAUUCAAACGACAUGAAAGCAAUGAACGUGAUAGAAUCUCUGCACUCCAAGAAGCAACAGAUCGCGCUCGCCACACAACUCGUCAAAAUGAUCCUCAAGAUAGACGACGUGCGCUCGCCCGCCGACCAGUAGUGUCUUAUCCCGUUAUUAAUUAAUGGUUUACAACACAAAUAUGUAUUAAAAUCCGUGUCUGUUAACAUUCUGGUAACUUUAAAUUGUCAGAAAGGUUAGUUUAGACAUGUUGGGCAAUUUUUUUUUUUUUAAUUAACAGAGAUAGUUCUUGUAACUUAAUAGAUAUUUUAUACAGGUAACAACAAAAUGUUGUAUCGUUAAUAAUAUAACUCCAGAACAAAUAAGAAGAAUGUGAGCACGCAAAGGCGGCUUUAUUGCUGAAAGCAAUCUCUUAUAGGCCAGUGGUGGUAACAUGCGAUCAUUGAAGAGAACUAAACAAAAUUCCGUUCAAUGGCAUUGAAGUUGUCCCAGUCCCAUUUCUAUUCGUACCAACGAAUACGAAAAAAUAAAAUUUAAUACAAAGAAUAUGUCCCAAUUUUAUUUCAAUUAUGUAUUAUAACAUAAUUAAUUUAAAUACAGUGGUUAUGUCACAUUAGUUAUGCAUUUUUAUGUUAAGACGUGUGAGAUGCGAGAUGUAUGCUUUUUGGUGCACUAAUAAAUUAAUUUAACUAUUAA